AUGGCUUUGACCGUAGAUCAGCAUCAAUCAUCAAACUUGAAGCAUUUCUGUAAGAUCUGCAAGAAAGGUUUUGGGUGUGGGAGAGCGCUCGGUGGACACAUGAGAGCGCAUGGCAUCGGAGACGAGAGCUGGAACCUCGACGACGAUGAGGAUGCGGCGAGUGACUGGGAAGAAAAGCACAGCGGUGGCGGUGGCGGUGGCGGCAAUGUGCCGCCGAGCACGAAGCGUAUGUAUGCUCUGAGAACAAACCCUAACAGAUUAAAGAGUUGUAGGGCGUGUGAGAAUUGCGGUAUUGGAAAGUGUACUUCCGACCACUUAGAGUCGCAGGUUUCUUCCAGGAUGUCCGAUGACGGUGAUGAUGAUGCUGAUGGCGAGAGAGGUUGCGGAUGGUCUAAACGGAAGAGAUCAUUCAGAGCCAAAGUUGGUACGUUGAAUUCUCAUUGUCCUUCAAGUGAAGAUGAAGACCUGGCGGCCUGUCUCAUGAUGUUAUCCAACGCCCCUGUUGAUCCUCCCGCCGUCACGGCGGCCACCGCCGAGCCGGAGGAAUCUAGUGCGUCGGCAAGCAGAGAUGAGGAGAGAAGAAACCCAUUAAACUUCAUCACCCCACUAUCUUAUUGUGUUCCUGCCGUGGAUCACAAAGCCAAAAGUGUGGUUCCAAAAGGCUUGUUCGAAUGCAAAGCAUGCAAGAAAAUCUUCAAUUCUCAUCAAGCGUUAGGUGGCCAUCGGGCCAGCCACAAAAAAGUUAAAGGCUGUUUCGCUUCAAGACUCGAUCAAUUCGAAGAUAAAGACGACGAUAUCAUAACUCAUGAAGAGUUUCUUCCCACAAAAUCAAACUCAAUGGCUCAACAUGAUCAUCCUUCCAACCUAAUGGCGUCUUCGUCCAAAAGAAAAUCCAAAGUUCAUGAAUGCUCUAUAUGUCACCGGACUUUCUCGUCAGGACAAGCCCUAGGAGGACACAAAAGGUGUCACUGGAUCACACCAAACGCACCAGACUCGUCCACAUUGGCUAGAUUUCAACAGUUUCAAGACCAUAUGGAGCGAAUGAAUCAAAUUCCCAAGUUUGAUAACUCGGAGCCACUCGAUCUAAAGCUUGACCUGAACCUUCCGGCUCCUCCGGCCGACGAUCUGGCACGGCGGGACUUGGGGAUGGAAAUUUUCUUACAGCCAUGGUUAGGAGGAACGACAAAGGAGAAGGAUAAAAAUACUGAUGACAAUAACAAUAAUAAUACUAACAGUCAAUGUCACAGCCCCAGCAACCGGGAAUUACAUCACCAUGAAACUGAAAACGACAACGAAGAAGACAAAAAUAAUAACAAUAACAGUGCUGUUUCGAUCGAAAAUGUUGAAGAUGAAGCUGACAGUAAGCUGAAGUUAGCGAAACUAAGUGAGCUAAGGGACAUGAACAUAGGAGGGAGUUCUUCCCCAUGGUUGCAGGUGGGGAUUGGUUCAACCACUGGUGUGGGAGCGGAACAAUAA